AGAGGCCCCUUUAGCCAUGCCCCACCAAUUGCAGCGAGUUGCACGGCCUGGGCUUUGAUUGACUGUACCGCAGUACACAUCCGCAUUGGAGAUGUGACCCCAGCGGGUUCUGGUUUCACGCACGCGGGUAUGACCUCAUCUCACUGCUCCACCCAGCCUCCCGGCCCGAUCGAUACUGACAGGGACGGACGGGACGCGGGAGGACCAUAUGACGACUGUUUGUUCCCCUUGUGGGCAGUAGGUAAAUAUGGCACACCCGCACCCAGGCCACUUAUUAUUCGUAGCUGGACUCGAGACGAUUCGACCCAUCAACUGCCAGACUGCACACUAGUGUUUUAAUUCCCUAGUUGCAUGCUUGCCGUUCGACCUCCUCCUUCAGGCCGGACCAGGGCUUCGACUUAAACAAAGUUCGUUUGCUGCGUCUACUGCGUCUACUGCGUCUACUGCCCCUGCUGCACAUUUGUGUCAACCCGCACCCUUGCAGCUCUGGACGACUCGCCAGCAUGGCUGAACAGCCACAGGACUUCGACGAGCAGCAGUCACGGAGAUCGCACGUGGGGCCUCACUCAGGCGGCCACCCCAUUCCUACCAUCCAGGGCUACAGACAGCACAGGAAGGACCUAAACGACCGGCAACAGCAGACAGAGGCAGCACAGGAGGGUCCCGAGGACGAGUCCAAGCCAAAGAGGGCAUUCGAGUCUGUCAAGACCAUCUUCAAGGGCGAGGAUGAUCGCGCAGGGAGCCAUGAGCCUUACUCUGCCACAAAUCGCCAUUAUGUCGUGCCCCCAGGCCAGGAUCACCAGGGCCAGCUGUCCCAGUUGCAAGAGCAGGAGCAGGAACGCGGGAUCGAGCAGGGACAGCGACACGAGCAGCCACCACGUGACGACCAAGGUGUAGAUACCAGUCAGUCUGACGAGACGAACGAGCAAGACGGCCACCAGUCACAGGCUCCACAGCAGCAGCAACAGCAGCAGUCACAAAGGAGGACUGGAGGUGGAGGAGAUUCACAAGAAAAGACCGCCACCGAGCAGGUAGCCAGCUCUGCAGACCCCAAGGAGAAGCGAAAGGCUAUGAAGAAGAGCAAACGCCAGACCGGAGGCCGCGAGGUGACUGAUCCAGUCACCCAUCUACCCAUCAUCAUCCACGACCAGACUGACAAGGACCUGAAGUCUGUGCCCGAGAACGAACCCGAGCCAGGCGAGCACCACACCACCGCCACGGGCCCACAGGGAGCCUCCAAGACGGACGAGGAGCUCCAAAAGGAACGUGAUAUGGUUCAGAGGGGCCACAACGGUAUCCAGAAGCUCUUCCCGCCGCCCAAGUUCGCCGACCUCAAGGAAGAGCUGGCCUCGGCAUACCAGUCCACCCUAAGGGCGGGCCUUUCGGUCAUCGGCGUCGCCGCAGCUCUCCCGUUCCUGGCAUCAUCACUUCAGGGCCAUCUGAUGCCGCACUGGUCGACGCUGCUCACCGUGCUGGGUUUUCUCUCCGUCACCCUCGGCACAGCCUGGGGCAUGGGCGAGUGGAUCUCCAAGAAGGUUGAUGAGAUUGUUGAUGACGAGACGUGGGAUGCCUCGAGGAGGGAGGAGGAGGCCAUGGUUGACUCCGACGCGGAGCUCCCAGAGUCGGUGCAGUGGCUUAAUAGUUUUGUGGCUUCGAUAUGGCCGCUCGUGAAUCCGGAUUUGUUCUCCUCCUUGAUCGAUAUGGUGGAAGACAUUAUGCAGGCAUCUCUUCCAAAGGUCGUCAAGAUGGUCUCUGUCGAUGACAUGGGCCAAGGCAACCAGUCUCUGCGGAUCUUGGGAAUCCGCUGGCUACCUUCUGGUGCAGCGAGCCGCACUGUCGGGCCCAAUGGGAAGCUUGAAAAGGUCGAAAAGAACAAGACGAGCGACCGCACAGACCCGGAGGCUGGCCAAGAAAACGCCCGUGACGAGACAUUUAAUCAGAAAAAGGACGGCGAUGAUGAUAGUAACAAGACCAAGGAGGAGGAACAGUCCGAGGCUGCGAUGCGCGAGGGAAUGGAGGCCGAGGAAGGCGACUUUAUCAACCUGGAGCUUGCAGUCGCCUACCGUAGCCGGGCCACUGGCAAGUCUAUCAGGGCGAAGGCCAAGAACGCACAUCUAUUCUUGAAAUUCUAUUCGGUUGGAGGUAUCGCACUUCCGGUCUGGGUCGAGGUUAGGGGCUUCAUUGCAACUCUUCGCCUGCGACUACAACUCACCCCCGAUCCGCCCUUUGUCAGCCUUUGUACCCUGACCUUCUUGGGGCAACCCAAGGCAUCCUUGUCAUGCGUUCCUCUGUCGAAGCAUGGGCUCAAUUUGAUGGACGUACCGAUGUUGUCAUCUUUCGUCCAGUCUGCCAUCGAUGCCGCUCUAGCUGAAUAUGUUGCGCCUAAGAGCCUGACCCUGAACCUCAAGGACAUGCUUGUGGGCGAGGACUUCAAGAAGAAUACCACCAGCCACGGCGUUGUAUUCAUCUUGAUCAAGCGAGCUCGUGGGUUCAAGCAGGGUGACGGUGGAAUUGGAUCCUCGGGGGGCUCAAGUGACGCCUAUGUCACCGUAGGCUGGGGUAAAUUCGGCAAGACGGUGGCUUCAACACGAAUUAUUGAGAGCACGCAAGAGCCCGACUGGCACGAAUACGCGAACAUAUUGGUGUCGUCAGAGGAGCUGAAUGCUGAGGAGAAGCUGCGAUUGACGCUCUGGGAUUCGGAUAAACAUACUGCAGACGACGACCUUGGCCGGGUCGAGGUCGACCUCAAGAAGUUGAUGAACGCCCGCGAGAGCUAUAAUCAGAUGCAGGACCGAGAGGACCGAUUCACAGGCCAAGAUCCCGACGAGAAAAUGCCCGGCACGCUGCAGUGGUCUGUCGGGUAUUUCUCCAAGGUCAGGAUUCUGCAGCAGCAGCUCGAACAGCAAACUGUUCUCGAGAACAUCCGCAGCCAGGAGCAGCUCAAGGAGCAUGUCUCUGAGGAGUCUGCCAACAAGCUCAGGGAGGCCGGAAAGGCACCGGAUGAUGAGGAGCUCCAUCAGCAGCGUGUCCAGGACUAUGCUGAGCUCGAGGAUAACAUGAUAAUUUCUGCGCCGCCACCGCAGGAGUUCCCCUCUGGUAUCCUGAGCGUGCAGGUCCACAACAUCACUGGCUUGGAGGUCCAAAAGCUGCGUAAGCGGGACAGCAAAAACGGCGAUUCAGAUAUCGAAGAAGAAACGGAGACGGGUGACGAUAUGCCCGAUAGCUACUGCAACAUUAUCUUGAACCACAAGAAGAUCUACCGGACCCGCACGAAGCCGAAGAACUCUAAGCCGUUCUUCAACGCCGGCACAGAGAGGUUUGUUCGAGACUGGCGAACCUGUGAGGUCAUCGUUGCGGUUCGUGAUGCCCGCGCACGCGAAGAUGACCCCCUUAUCGGCAUAGUAUACCUGCCGAUUGGAAAGGUUCUCAAGAACAGGAGUCAAUUGAUGUCAAUGUUCCCCUUGGUCGGCGGUAUUGGCUUCGGACGAGCUCGUAUCUCGAUUGUCUGGCGAAGUGUCGAGCUGAAGCUUCCCCCGACUCUGCUGGGCUGGGACUACGGAACAGUUGAGAUCCGAGGACCGGUGCGGGCCAAGGGACAGCUUCCAGAGAAAUUCACCAAGAGCCGGAUAAAGAUCCGUAGCGAUCUUGGCAGGAUAAAGAUGUACCCGAACGACAACCAGGGAGAAUGGCUUCUGAAAGGAAGGGACAGCAGAAACCAGAGUGCAUUCCUACCUGUGCGGAAGCGUUACAGCUCCUCGCUUGUUCUCGAAUUCCGCGAGUCGACGCUCGGGCCGGACAAGUCACCUGCUUUCGCAGUCAUGUGGCUGCGUGACCUUGUUGACGAGGAGAGCGAGACAAAGGUGCUGAAGGUAUGGAAAGGCGGCAAGGGCCAGAUAGCCAGGGCCCAGUCGAAUUGUGACUAUAACGGUAUCGAGGAAGGUGAGCAGCCGCUUGGUGAGGUAGAGAUGGAGCUCAAGUUCUGGCGAGGGCUCUCCGGGUAUCACAAGCGGUUCGCCGCGUCAUCGAGGAGAGGAAACAUGAAGCAGGUGAUGGAAUGCCUGGAUACCAUAACAGACGAGAGCCUAAUCAGAGACGAGGACGAAGUGGAAGAUGACGAAGAUGAUUACUCGAGCUCGGAAAACUCCCGCAGCAGCGAGGACAAGGCGGCCAAGAAGAGACUGAAGGUCCACACGAACGACGACUCCUCGGCGGCCGAGGACACAGGCUCGGACACAGACGGUGAGGGGAACAAGCAGAGGACCAACUCUGACUUCUCGCUGGGCAAAGUGCGCAAGACGCCCAAGAAGAUCCUGCGCAACCCGGUCGAGGGCGUGACCUCAACAGCGGCGGCGAUCAUCGCUCCUGGCCACAACGACCCUGACGACGGCUCCCGCGGCCUGCGUAACCAGCUGCGAGACUACAAGGACCACCACAAGCAGCUGCACCGCAAGCACCGUGGCAUCAUGCAGUGGCGUGUGGCCAGGGAGGCAGACCACCUCGGCAGCAAGCUUAGCGACCUCAAGGGGAACGUCAGUGGGCUUUUCAAGCAUAGCGAGAAGGGCGAGGGGGUUGAAACAGAGGUGUGAAAUCGAGACUGCACGACUUCGCUCAAGGGAUGUAGAGUCAACAAUGAUGAGAAGAUAUAUGGUGGGCUCGGGAUACAAGACGCGGAUAGGGCGGACACUGGAGAGGUGAUUGAUUAUGAAGCGGGAAUAACAAGCGCAAAUGGUUGCAGCUACAUAGUCCUAGAAUGGACGGCUGGUCGGAAAA